AUGUCUGACCCUCUCCUUCCCCCGGGUCUUCCUCUGCCUCCAUCAAUCCAAGGAUCUGGAAUACGUGCUGAAGUGCUAGGCUUUCCAAGCCUGUCUAAGCAUAUUGAAGAUCAUCUUCCUGGAAAUGAAGUACUUGAUGAAGAUCAACGAAAAUUAUAUCUUGCCACCGGUGCAAUGGAAGGAAAUCUUUAUCAAUUUAUAAAGGCUCGCAAAGGAAGAGCAUUAGCAGGUGGUCUCGUGUCUUCCAUCCUUUUUCAAACGCUCCUUGGAUUAAAUCACAUCCAUUCGAACGGUUAUUUCCAUCGCGACUUGAUACCGGAAAAUAUUCUUAUCACAACCCAGGGUCUGUUUAACUACCUUUCCAUACUGACCAAUACCACCACAGCUCCUGAUGCAGUUGAAGAAAAAGACGUUGUUGUCAUUGUCAAAAUCAGUGACUUCGGUCUAGCUCGAGAGCUCGGAAGCGAAGGACCCUAUACCGAAUAUGUUACCGUUCGUUGGUAUCGCUCACCCGAAGUUUUGCUUCUAAGCCGGAACUACACCAGUGCUAUCGACAUGUGGGCCUUUGGGGCCAUCGCAGCGGAGGUUUUGAACCUCUCUCCCUUGUUUCCUGGAAAUAGCAUAAUCGACCAAUGUAUGAAAAUAUGCGAAGUUCUUGGCAGUCCUUCUGACGAAGCGCGAUUGGAUGAGAACGGUGACCGGCUGGAUGGGGGAGCAUGGCCCGAAGGCAUUCGAUUGGCUCAAAUCGUUGGUUAUCAGUUCCCGGCUAUCGUUCCAAGACCUUUCUCUUCAUUCUUUGAACCAACGGUCCCAGCCUCUCUUCUCAGCUGCAUAAAAAAUCUCCUGGAAUAUGAUCCCGGAAAACGUCUGACAAGCCAGGCUUGCCUCUCCCACAUAUACUUCAUUGAAACCUCCAGUCAUCGUGAAGUCCCGGCGGACUUGCAGAGACAUUGA